GGUUCCCGUUGGUUCCCUUUCCCGCGGUUGCCCGGCGCUGCCGGAAGCGCGCCCGGAAGCGCGCGGGGAGCGGGCGCGGAGCGGAGCCCGCCGGAGCCCGCCUGGCCAUGCCGCUGCUGGAGCCGCCCUGGCCGCCCGGCCUGGCCCCGCUGAAGGCCGUGGAUGACUUGCUGCGCUGCGGGAUUUGCUUCGACUACUUCAGCAUCGCCGUGAUCAUCCCGCAGUGCUCGCACAGCUAUUGUUCCCUUUGUAUCCGCAAGUCUUUGUCCUACAAAACACAGUGUCCGACGUGCUGUGUGGCAGUCUCAGAAUCUGACCUGAAGAACAACCGGAUUUUAGAUGACCUAGUGAAGAGCUUUAAUUCUGCAAGGCAGCAGCUGUUGCAGUUGGUGUUGGAAGCUCCCCCAGUUCCAUCCCCCCUGGCCCACAGCCAGCGUCCAGCUGAGAGCCACUGCAGCCCAGUUUCUCAGCCAGAGUCUACAGAGGUGCCAGGGGUUGACAGCUCCUUGGGAAAGGACAAAGUCUGCACCUCCACAAAGGCAUGGUGGACUGGUCAGAAGAGUUUCCAAACCGAGGAACAGCAUGACCUACACAGCACUUCUGCAGAGGCUGCUGGCAAAGACAGCCAAGUGAGAUCACAGGAGGUUCCUGGCUGCACCCAAAGUCAUGAAAAGCCUUCUACGUCUGUGCUCAAAGGAGACAGGAAAGUGGAAUGUCCUGUCUGUGAGGUUGCUAUUCUGGAGCAAUACAUAAACAAACAUCUGGAUAGCUGCUUGAGCAGAGAGGAGAAGAAGGAGAGCCUGCGAAGUUCUGAUCACAAAAGGAAGCUGAUGUCCAAAGUUGUCUAUAACCUGCUGUCGGAUCGAGAUCUGAGGAAGAAGCUCAAGGAGCAUGGUCUGUCUACCUCUGGGACCCGCCAGCAGCUCAUUAAGAGACACCAGGAGUUUGUGCACAUGUACAAUGCUCAGUGUGACUCCCUGAACCCCAAGUCAGUUGCAGAGGUUGUUAAAGAGCUGGAGAAGAACGAGAAGAUUCGGGUUCAGCUGGAGUGUAAUAAACCUGGUGAGAAUAGCUUGACCUUCACAAAGGACCAGACAGAGGAAGAAAUUGAUGAGAUCCACACUGAAUAUCGAAACAAACACAGAAGUGAAUUCAAGUUCCUGGUGGAUCAAGUAAAUAAACGGUGGAAGAAAACGGGUGAGAGGAAAGCAGAGAGUGCUCAAAACAAAGAGGAAGUUGCUGUCAGAGAGCUGCCAGCAGCCACAGCAGUUGCCUUUGUAUUUAACUGGGAAUUGCAGCAUGGGAAAGGAAGAAGGCAGUCAUGGCCUGAUGAACCUGGGGGAGAGGAUCCCACAGCUGCUGUCCCUGGAGAGGCCCAAGCACUCCAGUCAGAAAUUCCUGAUGGCCGAAGAAGUGACUCUCCCAGCGUGAAGGGGUGGCAGAGAUCAGCCUCUCCUGAGCUCUCCCUGUCAUCUGGCUCAACAAGCAGCACCAAUUCAGACAUUCUGACAGACAUGGAAGGGUCUGAGACAUGUUCAACGUCCUCUGACAGCAGCAGCUCCGUGGCCCUGACAGGGAACAAGAGGAAGCUGCGGCAGCCGCGCGUCCCCGGGGACAGCGGGACCGUGCCCCGGGGCAAGAGGAAGAGGAGCUAGCACUGCAGGAGUGCCCAGCCAGCCUGGGAACACCCCUGGCUUCUGCCCGUUCUCUGAGUCCCUGGGUACUGAGUAAAAUGCUGUAUUUUCACAUCACUGCCACUCCAGCUGCCUUAAUGACCAGGCUGGUGCGUUUGCCCCAGCCCUGGGGCUGCUGAUGGCUGAGGUUGGGCACAGAGUGCCAGGGCCCUGUGGGAGCCUGACCUGGCUCCUGGGCCCCAGUUCCUCUCUGCUGCAGCACUGGGCUGUGCUGCCACUGUUGUGCUUGCAUCCUGGCCCCUCAUGUGCCCUCCUGGAAGCAGCUGCAGGAUGGUGUUUUGUUUGGGGGUGGGCAGGGACUGGGGCCCCAGUUCCUGGCACAGCCAGGGGAGGGGGGGACCAAGAGAUGCAGGGAGAUUCUGCCCUACACUAACAGGCUUUUUUAUAUAUGUCUGUGUAAACUUACUCAGUAUGAUGUGUCAUUAUUUCAGUUUGAAGUCCUGAAACUGGAAAGAAGUCGAAAGGUUGUUGGACAUGAACUAUUUUAGCUUUCAAGCAAAUAAUAGUUACAUUGAAAAGUCUGAUCUUCCUUAGGAGGUGGUGGGAUUUUGUGGUGCAAGAAAACGAAGGAAAUGCAAGAAACCUGAACACCAGAGAAGGCUCUGAAAAAUAAAGCUUGUAAGCAAAAUAUGAAAAUA